CCACCAUCUUGACAUCUCUCACAAGCCUCCUUACCUUGGAUAACGGAAGGAAUGGAAGAAUCAUACCCCUUCCACGUUGUUUCAGUACUCCGUAGCUCAGACCCCGAGCGAACUCAGAGUCUCAGGAGAACUUUUGCUCGAAUAGUCGAUCCCCACGAGGACGCCGAAUACGUUCGGCAGUGGACAUCGGCCAUACACCAUCAGAUAUCUGCUGAUGUCGGAAACUCACUGGAAGGCGACCCCAACAGCACCAGUUUCAAUGCGUUUGCUCGCUCGGCUCUUAACGCUGGUUUAGUGCCCACGAUGAUGAAGAUUGCUCGACAGGAAUGGCGGGGAAGGAAUGUUCCAAGGGCAAGGCACAUCUCCCAGUACAGGGCUCUGCAAGGUCUCUGUAUCUUGAUGCGGGUUGGGAACGAGACAGAGCGUCGGGAUAUGCUCGACGAUAUGCUGAAAGAAGACGUUUUGAGUGUAUGCAUUCAAUUCAUGAAACAUCAUCUCUGCGUCAUGCGUCAACUUGCCGUCAACGCGCUGCACUCGCUUUGCCAAGUGUCUUUGGGCAAAAAGGUCUCGUCUUCCACCGCUGCCGCUAUCAUCGAGAGCGCAUGUUUGUAUGUCCUCCAAGGACCAGAUCAUGUCGUCGAUCAGCUUCUCAGCCCCUUCACUGCUUGGCAAGGGAUAAUGUUCUCAGAGACAGAACAGCGGCUGAUAGAUGUCCGGGUAACCAGGCAAACUGCACCCAGAUACUAUGCGGUGGUACAGGAUGCCGCCGUACAAGUCGUUCAUAGCCUCCUUUUCACCUCUCCGCCUCGAUCAUCCGAAUUCUGCUACGACAUCAUGAAACAGAGACCUCAGAUACUAGACCUUCUCCUCGACUGCGCAAUCUCCGACCGACCAACGUGUUUUCCUGAAUCCGGCGUCACAUCGGUUGCAUGCGAAUCGCUGACUCUGCUGUUCCGAUGGCCAAGUCACACCGUACCUGGAGUAGCUUCCCCGAUCGACAAGGCGUUCAAAACACGGGACUGGAAAGCAAUGUCUCAGGCCAUGUCCGUUCUCACGUCGCGGCCGAAUUGGGCCGAGUCUCUAAUCGAGGUGUGGAUGCGCUUAGAAGAGGAAGAUGUGUCUGCUAUAAAAAGAAAGUUCUCGCGACAAAACGAGAUGGACUGGGACCGCGUCGAGGGCACAGAGAAGCAAGCGUACGGCAAACUAAUAAAAAAUAGAGGCAUCUGUCGAGUAUCUGUACUUCGACUAAUCGCCACCCUUACACACGCGGCGGCGUCUUGCGGCAUCACAAAUGCACAAAUCGAGUCAUUUCUCCACGUCGCAUAUCUCGGUUGCCAAAAAGGCGGAAAGUACCUCGAAGACUGCAAGACCGAAGAGGAGUUCAUAAAUUCCUGCGACUACGAACAGGACGUGUUUCGAUCCUCCGUCGCGGAAUACGCGGGGCCAGAUCUACCUACUGAGCCCAUCAAGAGCCCCGUAGUGAUCGCAUCUCAGCGCGUUUUGGGUCCUACCACCCUCGUCCGCUUGCUGACCGUCCUCGCUCAGAGGAAUGCCAUUGACCUCAUACAGACAUUCCGCAAGCCACCCACUGGGCUCUCCUCAUCGACAUCGCUGGAGCGCAUCCAGCAGAUUACUCAUCCGGUUGUUAUACGCCGCAUCAUUAGACUUUCACAUGUGCGCAUGGCCGAGAGGAUGGACAGAGGUCGCAUACGCGCGAGAGACAGAAGUGUGCCAGACGAGACCAGCUUUGCAUGUGCGAUUUUCAUGAGCGUCGCCGAGCUUGCGGCGGCCUUGGUCGCCCUGGACGAGCAUACGUACGGGGUUUACUCAGCUGAAGUCCGUGGGGCGCGCAAACAACUCGUGAUUGCACUGGGCAACGCAUCACAGAUGGCUUAUAACAUCGGGCAUUACAAACGAGCGUUACAUUUUGCGUCUGAUGCAGUCGCUGCAGCAGAGAAUAUCCCAGCCGAAGAGGGGUUGGAUCCUAAUGUGGGUGUCAAAAACAAGGGCCGUAUCGCCCAAGCCAAUGCUGCCCUCCAGCGCCACCGUCAGCUAUAAUAGCAAACGAUUGUAGCCUAACAUGUAUUUGAAACGGAGAGGGUCCGAGUCUCAAGAGAAGACCAAGCUUUAUAACGAAGUUUUUCGCCUG